CUUGCGAAGGAUUGAACUUUCUUGCUAGGUCUUUUGGAUACAAGACUGCAUUUUACACACCAAGUGUGUCGUUUACUUGUCCUUUUUGGGAUAUACUCUCGUCUUAUUCAAGUCUCACGCGCCUAAACUGGUUUUAGUCCAGUUAAGCUGCGAGUUUCUCCCAGUGUGAAGCAUCAUGAGCCAGGCGGAUAUAUCGACGUGCUCGGCGCCGCAGAGAGUCUUCCAGGAGGCGGUAAAAAAAGGCAACACCAAGGAGCUCCACUCACUGCUGCAGAACAUGACCAACUGCGAGUUUAACGUCAACUCCUUCGGCCCCGAGGGACAGACGGCGCUGCACCAGUCGGUCAUCGACGGGAACCUGGAGCUCGUGAAACUGCUGGUUAAAUUUGGAGCCGAUAUUCGGCUCGCCAACCGGGAGGGCUGGAGCGCGUUGCACAUCGCCGCUUUCGGGGGACACCAAGACAUCGUGUUAUACCUCAUCACCAAGGCCAAGUACUCGUCCGGCGCGCGGUGAUCCGGUGCAACACGCGGAAAAGACCGGGCUCGUUUCGUUCUAGCAUUGAUCUGACAGACCGCGGAGAAGUUCCCUUAAAACCAAAUGAGGGCUGUAGCCUUUUUCUUUCCCGUGAGUAUGUAUAUCAAUCUGUCUGUGGUCAGAUCUGGCGACGAGAGAGAGACUGAAACGCACGCUGCGUUGGUACUAUAGCUUUUUAUUGAAUGUUUAAGUCAGCAGAUCUGGACUGUGUGUGGCUUUACCAGGCCGUGACCUGUUGACCUGUCCACCUGGAGAAAUCGAGAUGGCACUUGAUGCUGUGGCUGAAUGCUGGAAUAGUUGAAAGAGGUGAACUCCAGAAUGAAGGCCAUCAUCCUCUGUUUUGGCUAAACACUGUCUUUUAAUACGAACCGUGCAAGUCGUUUCAUCAAUCAAAUCAUGUGGCAUUGGUGACCAGUGCUCAAAUAUUUCCUCGAAAUAACAAUUGACUUAUUCUUAAGUACUGUACACAUAGCUUUACCGUGUCUCUCUGUAUAAGUAGUCUAUUGCGCUCUGCCUUCACCUAGCAGACCCGCAGCUUCCACACAGCUUUCAGGCCAGUGCGACCCAUAUGGUUAACGUGUUACUAAAAAAAUCGCUGCUUUCGCUUUUCUUUUAUUUCUUUAAUUUUUGUUUGUAUCAAAACGUCAGGAAAGUCGCCUUUGGGACACACUUUGUAAUCUUCUUUCAGUAUUUUGAAUUAACACCCUGGUCAUCACUGUGAAUACAGGCUGGGUUUGUCUUUUUAUUUAUGAAGGUACAUUGAGAUGAUGCAUUUAAAUUAUGUUGUGGUUAUUUUUUAAGACUAUAGCCUAAGUGUAAAAGUAUGUAGGGUGACAUAAAGCUGCUUCGGACUCGUUACAGGCUAAACUGUCCCGCGUGGAGACUCCACGCCUCGGCCCCCCACGUGUACACCUAGAUAUAUAUAUAUAUAUAUAUAUAUAUAUAUAUAUAUAUAUAUAUAUAUAUAUAUAUAUAUAUAUAUAUAUAUAUUUUUUUUUUUUUUUUCUCCCCUGGGAAAACGCGUGCCCUUUUUAACUUUUAUUCUGGUUCUCUGCAUCAGCUACCUCGACUUGAAAGUAUUCAACAAAAUCAUAUGCUCUCUGUCUCAAGCCUUCUCUUUAACUCUUCUCAGUUACCCACUAGUGCUGUUUUUAAUGUUUAUUUUUUUGGUCAACAGUAUCAUUAGGCCCUAUUUGGGUUAUUUUACUUGAUGUCAUCCCCACAUCUUCACUCGGGACAAAUAUAUCUCCAUGAACCAAAAUAAGAUCCAUUGGUCAUUCCGACUUUUCGUUCACCAAGCAUGGUUGAGACGUUGUAUGUGGUUUUAUUUGCUUAAUUUUGCAUACAGCUUUUUUUGUUUCAACUGCAGUGACAAAAAGUGAAAUGCAUUGCAUGACUAUUAAAUGCAGGGAGUUUUGUUGCACAUAAACGUGGAGCCUUUUACGCCCCCUAGUGCCUGGUCGGGUAACUGCAGGAGCUGAGGCUUACCAAUAGUUACUACUGAGCAGGACUAUACAAGUGAACAUUUAAAAAGACUAUUCCGUUGCAGGAAACAUCGACAGAUUCGCUUAAAAAGAGACUGCCUGCCGCUUUUAAGAGUCAUGGCACCUGAUGUUUGUUUCAAUGCUGCUUUUAUGUAAGUUUUUCCUUGAUACAAUGGCCAACAGUGAGAGAGUGGACGAGGACAUCUAAUAUAUCAGUUAGAUUUUUCUGCGAGAAGCCCCAUGCAGUUGUGUGAGCGUGUGUGAUUGUACUCAUCCUGUCUUGCACAAACCAACGCUACAAUAUUUUAAGUGGCGUUGCUGAUGUUUCCAGCCCCUGACGCUCAACCUGGUUUGCCGGCCAGGAGCUCCUGGAGAAAGCAACCGAUGUGAAACCAUUCUCAAGAUCAUCUGUUCGAUUGGUAUAGGCAGAACAAAUAUGCAUCGCUUGUCUUAAACUUGAUAUUUUUACUCUUGUUGAAAAUAUUGCACUGAUGAUGACUGUUGUUAAUUCGUUGACUUCAGGUCAACAUUUUAUUUUUUUCUAAAUAGAAAAAAGGAACACAACAAAAAUACUAUUGUAUAAAAAAAAGCUCCAGGUUAUAUUGUCUCUUCUUGUUGUAUAACAUUACGUUUGCAAAGAUGUUUAUCUCUGUGAUCGGGUGUAUGUGUAUACAUAUAUAGUAUAUAUAUGGAUAUAUAGACGCUGAUAUCUCAGAGCACUUUCUUAUUUGAAGUGCUCUCCUCCUGAUGUUAAUAAAGGGGAAUAAUACAUGUGAUGGUAAGAUCAUUGUAACAAAAGAAAUUGCACGAUGUAUAGUUGUUUCACCCCAAACUUUGUCAUAACAUUUAUGACAUGGGGUUAAAUGACUGGAUAGGUGUAUAUGAAUGAGUAAAAGUGCUGUUUUUUUCUUUCUUUGUCUUUUUGUGGACCAAGUUAUUUUGUGUCUCCAGCAAACAAAAGUUUUAUGAGUGAUGCGAGUGUUCGUUGUGUUGAUUUCAGCUUUUUGUUUGUGCGUCCGUUUUUGUUUGUAAUUUUUGAACAUUUGUAACACUGUGAUUCGUGUGUGGUGAGGAUAUGAGUGCUGUAAUGUGUGUUUUUUUGUUGUUGUUGUUGUAUGCGUGUAUGUGUUCAAGCCAGUAAAGAAAUAAUUAAACCUUC